UCUUGCUGCUGUUUACAUUCUUCACUUUUUGUAAUCUUAUCACAAAUGACUUUAUGUUUUGGCCAGUCUUUUACUUGACAUUCCCUAUGAUUAUCAUUUGUUCAAUAUUUAUACAUAUUCUAUAGUUAUAAUAAAAAAAAUGGUUAUACCUUCCACAAUACCAAGCUGCUUUGCAUUUAGAACAACGCUUUUGUGCCUCUUCCUGGCAUAGGAAACAAUCUUUAAUGUCAAUGCAAUCUAAUUUAUCCAAAUCAUAUGCAUCACUUAAAAUUUGUGCUGCAUUUUUAACAUCCUCUUUAUUUGUUGUAAAUAUAAAUUUUGAUUGAUGCUUUGCUAGCUUCUUCCAUUUUUUAUAAUACUUUUCCAUGAUUGAUGUUCUCAUCUAUUAAUAAAAACAGAAUAUCAAUAAUUGCUUCGAAAGCUUUCUUAUUAUAUCAGAAAUUGAAAGUAUCAAUUGAUCUUGUAACCUGUGGUAUAAGUUCUACAUUUAGUGCUUGAGGUACUUUAGAAUGGGAUGAUGAUACACUUAAAUAACUCAACCAUCUUUUCAAUUCCAAUAAAGGAGAAAUUUGAUCUAGUAUGAUUUCGUGUAAAUAUUUCUGUAACUAAUUUAAAUAACAAUUUUUUUUUGUUCAUUAUAUUUUAACAGUAUAAAGUACUACCUUCAAUAAAUGAGACAUUCUAUACUCUGUAAUUUCAUAAUAUGGUGCACACUUUGGAUUAAGUAAUAAUUCUCGUAAACCAAUCCAAACUUGUCCUUCAAUUUUAGAAACUUUUCCUUCUUCACUUGAUUUCAUUUUCUUCCAAGAACCAUUAUAUAUCAUGUAUUCGCCUGAGAAUUUACUGCAUUAUCUAAAGCAUCAUUAUUGUUUUACUUACACUUGAAUGUGAAAUAUAUGUUUAAUUACCAUCAGCAUUCUCUUUAGUCCACGGACGAUCUUCAAUUAAUUGAACGAGAAGUAAUGGUACAUCGUGCGUAGAUAGCAUUCGGGAUAAGACGCAAAGCGGUAAAUUAUCUGCGAACUCUGCCAAGUAACGAAGAAUCGAAAUGCAUCGCAUACCAAUAUCAAAUUCAAGUUCCUUUUUUCUUUCUAAUAUUUCUUCAAUGCAUGAACUAAUUACGAAUUAUUAUUAUACAUUAUAUUGUUUCUGAGAUGUAAACAAUGGUAAGUUUUAAUCAUUAGGAAUGACUUACUUAGGAUUCUUCACAUUUUCGUAAAUUUCAAUAUUUUGCAUAUCAAGGAGUUCAAUAACACAUUUAACCGCGAAAUCUACAAGAUCAAGAACUGUAUCAUCGAUAGUUUCUGCACUUUCACAAUGAAACAGUACAUUUUCCAAUAAAGAAACAGCCAUAUUUUCAUGGUAAAAUAUAGUGAAGAGCAUGAAUGUGUUUUGUGGUUCACUAUUUAUAUUUAACAAAAGAGGAAAUACUUUGUGUUUCCAUACAUCAAUUUGGAUUGCUUCGUAUAUAAGAAUUGGUAUCUAUAACAUUGAAACAGAUGCUAAAUUAAAAGUUAUAUGUAAUAUAAAACUAAAUAUUUGUUAUACUUUUUUGUAUGAAACAAACAAUUCCUUGAUGUUCUCCUCUCUUAAAGCAUUAAUUUCUAACACGCUUUGUUGAUUUAAUAACAUUAAUCUUUUAUGAAAUUCAUACCAUCUAAAAAUAAUAUAUAUAUACAUUUAAAAAUUAAAAACAUCAAAAUAUUACAUACUUGCAUAAAAUAUAUGAGUAUCUUUGAAAUACAAAAGAGAUUUACCCUUUCGUUCCUAUAUCUUCCAGCUGUGAAAUAUUUAAUGAUUGUAUAUACGCUUCGGCUUCCCAUGGUGAAAUUAUGUAUUCUAUACGACUCGACAUUUUUACUAUCCGGAAAAGGAUACCACAAACAAGAGUCUACCAUUUGUAAACAAAAUUUCGUAAUCGGUAUCCUCGACGAUGGUAAUCAAUGAUUGUUGAGAAAUAUAUCACUUAUAUUUGUAAAGAAACGACUAAAGGGCUAAAAUAGCAUUUCAUAUUUAUUUCAUAAAACAUUUUGUAAUAAAGAUUUACAUAAUACGUAAAUUUAACAACGAUAAGAUCAUCGUUUCAAUGAGAAUUAUUAAAUACAUAUAACCUGUAACGUGUAUUUAUUUUAUAAAAUGUUAUAUAAAGUUAUUAAAAUUUCUUUUCGUAUAAUCAUUUUAAAUACAAUUAUUUUAUAUCAUUUAACAAUAUGUGAAGUAGAUGGAUCACUGAUAAGUGAUGCAGAAUUACUAAAUAUAUCGGAGGAAUUAUUCAAUAAAUCUGUUAACGUAUUUUAUAAACAUUUGUGUAUAAAAUAUCAAGGACAAAUAACUUCUAAGAAUUUUACUGAUAAUGCUCCUGAAAGAUUAUUAAAUGUCUCAUUCAAUGAUGUCACAACAAAAACAACAGAUUCCCUCAUAAAAUUGUUUGAUAAUUAUGAAUUAAACACUUAUCAAUCAGAAAUUAUAACAAUAGAAAAGAAUGCAGAGGAAGAUGAAUUCAUUAAUAAUUUAAUGGAAACAAAUGUAAUGUUACACACUAUGUAUUAUUUGUCUGUAAAAGGAUUCUUUAUAAAUGACUUAAAAGUUUAUAAAAAUGUUCUGAAAGAAAUAUGGUUUCAUCCAUAUUCUAGAAGCAAAAGGAUAAAUAGUAGUUCUGGGUUUGAACAUGUAUUUGUAGGUGAAAGCAAACGAAGGAAAGGUAUUAUAGGAGUACAUAAUUGGAUCUUUUUUUACUUUGGGGAGUUAACAAGCAAAAUUAAUUACUUUGGAUAUUCUCGCAGAAAAGAGUUUCCCAAUGGAGCUGCUAUUUUAGAAAUAUAUUUCACUUACAAUGGAAGACGUAAAAUUUCAACUAUGUUCAUUGGAACACCACCAGAAUUAGAAAUAGCAUUAUAUACACUGUGCUUUUUUACUCGUCCAAAUAAAACAUGCAAAAUUUCUUUUAUCGGAUCGAAAUUCGGUAUUCAAACUUAUGUAUUAAAAAAUGAUAAUAAGCGAUAUGUUGGAACUGCUUUCCCAGUUAUAUAGGAAGAAGGAAAUUAAUUAUUACAAUAUACAAAAGUAGAAUGUUUUAUUUAUUCGGAGAACGUAAGAUGACUUAUAUUUCAUGUAAUACUAUAAUAUAGAGUUUCAUCAUGUAACAAUAUGACGUGUAUCAUAUGCCUCAUGUCUACUUGUAGAAAAUAAAUAAUUAUAAAUGCAUAGUAAAAUAUGAUAGUCGACUUCAGCAAGAUUUUUUUAAGUUAAAUCAAUUAUGUUAUGAUUCUCCAUAGUUGAUUGUUCUCUUAUCUUAUCAUCCCUUUUUUUCUUCUUUGGUAUAGUAUAAUCUGAAAAUCCUUUCCUUUCUCGUUUGUAGGAUAUAAGACUUUGACUUGGCAUUUCUUCAUUUUUAUCUUCAUUAAUAACUGUUCCUGCAGCAGGUGUCUUUUCAUCAUUAUAAUUCUUAAUUUCAAAUUCUUGAAUAUCUGAUAUACUAUUCUCCACUUCAUUAAUGCCCAGUCUUCUCUCUAACUCUUCUACUUGUUUCUGUAAAGCCAUGUUUCUGCUUUCUGAAAA